AUGCUACCGCUGCAGCAAUCAGAGCUCGCACUGCAGAUUUUACCUCUGUUCGCAACACACGAAACCGCCGAGGAGGUUGACGCGGGAGAGGUCGAAGUGGCCGAAGUCACAAAGGUGGUGAGUGACGGAGUCGGAGUCGGAGUGAUCACAUCACUAGAGGAGACCAAAGUCGAAGACGCUUCUGGGGUGCUGGACGGCUGCGGUGUGGAGGAUACCUCUGGAGUGCUGGACACCUCUGGGGUGCUAGACACCUCUGGGGUGCUGGACGGCUGCGGUGUGGAGGACACCUCUGGAGUAGUAGACACCUCUGGAGUGCUAGAUACCACUGGAGUGCUAGAUACCACUGGAGUGCUGGAUACCACUGGAGUGCUGGACACCUCUGGAGUGCUAGAAAGUUCCGGAGUGGAAGACGAGGGUGGAGUGGUCGAUGAUAGCAAGGUAGAAGACACCGGUGUAGGAGUAAGGGAAGGGGUGAAGACGGGAGUAGUAGAGACAACAGAAGAUGGCGAAGCCACAGAUGAUGUCGAGGACAUAGAAGACCGGCUGAGGCACCUUGCCGCGGCACCACCCAAAAGGGAGCCUAACACGAUGGCAGAUCGAAGAAGCAUAAUGGGUUGUAUUCGUAAUGGUAUUAAAGAGCGUCGAGAAGUGAGUGUUAGCGAAGUAACGAGUGUCGGUCGAGAAUUCGACUUUCAGGAUCAAGAAUAUCAAUUCCCGAGGACCAAAAAUGAGUGA